CUUCCGGUCGCACUUUUAUUGUGAAAGGUCUGAGCGGACGUGAGUGUGUAUAUAAACAGUGCUGAGUGUGUGCGGCGCUGGUGGGUCUCGGUCAGUCGUUACCGCUUCUUCUCCGGUUCUGUCGGUGGUUUAACGGCGAACUGAAUCACGGAGGACACAUGACCUUUGACCGGAGAAACGAAGAAGAAGAAGACGAAGAAGAGGAGGCAGAGGAGGAAAAGUUUCCCGCGGUAUGUGAGGUGCUAGGAUGGAGGGGGCGGAGCACAGCCGCUACGUCACUAAGCUGAAGGGGGAGUUCGACAGCUGCGACACAACAGCGACAGGCUUCCUAGAUAGAGACGAACUGACGACACUCUGUCACAAACUGCAGUUGGACGCUCACAGGACACUGCUGAUGGACACUCUGCUCAGAGGGCGGAGCUACGCCAGGGUGAACUUCCAGGAGUUUAAGGACGGCUUUGUCUCAGUCCUGUCUCGCUCUGUGGACGCCAACACGUCAGAGGACGACAGCAGUUACCUAGAGCCAGUUGUCCCUGAAGAGGUGAAGCCAAAGUUUGUGAAGGGAACGAAGCGUUACGGCCGGCGCUCUCGUCCCGACAGUGAACCUCACGCCGCGCUGACCUUUGACUCUGAGGACUCACCACCGUCCAGAACUGAGGCCACGGACUCAUCACCGCCUGGUGUCCGCAGAGCAAAAGUGAGGCGGUCCACGUCCCUGGAGAGCGUUGAGAGCCUGAAGUCUGAUGAAGAGACAGGAAAUCCGAAAAUCACUGAGUCUGACUUUCAGUGUAAAGCUUAUCAGCAGCAGCAGGAAGAGGAGGAGCCUGUCAGAGGCAGAGGGGGCGGGGACCAUGUCCUGACAGCGGUUUGUGAUCACCUGGGCCUUCAAGAGUUCAACACUGAGGACCUGGACUCUCUGCUCCAAAAGAUGUACACCGACCGAGUUAGUGUCAGGGACUUCCAGAAAAUCCUUUGUGGCUCCACCCCCGUGUCCUGCUCCACCCCUGUACGACCCGCUGACCUGCAGAAGGCGCCGCACAGGGCUCAGGUGUUGGAGGACAGCUCGACUCGCUCCACGUCUCCGUCCCUGCUGACGGCCUCUGUGGGACAGAAAGUCCUCAGUCGUCUGGACGACGGCUCGGGGUGGACGAGUCCCGAGAGAGUCAUCGCCGUGUGGACUGAGGAGGGAAUCAGAAACAGCCGGGACAUCCUGCAGACUCUGGACUUCCCUCUGGACGAGCGUCUCAGUCUCACUGACCUCACGCUCGCUCUGGACAAUGAGCUGCUGGUCAGUGGCAACGGCAUCCACCAGGCGGCGCUCAUCUCCUAUAAGAACGAGAUCCAGCACCUACAGUAGGUUCUUCUGUUUCUUCUCUUUUUAAAUAGUGUCCGUUUCUCAAUAUC